UGCGAGGUGAAGCGCUCAUUAGCCAUCAUGGCGGACUCGGUGAAGAUUAUCGGAGACGAUGACGAAGUCUUCACGGGUAUCCGACCUCCGCUUCAUCGUCGACAUACACUCGGUGGGAAUUCGUCACUAGCGUCGGACCUGGCGCAUGCUCCUGUGGUGUGGAGACCAGUGAUGCCCAUGGGUCGACGGUCAACGCUAGCGUCGCGUUCGGAGACGGACGACGUCGGUGAACUUCGCUCUACUAUCGACGGAUCUAUGCGGUCCGUACGCUCUAUCAGUGACGCGUCAACUAGCAGCCAUCGUCACGAUAAAACCACCUUCGCACUACACGACGUCGACGCCUUCAGUGUCCAGCGAGCCAAGGUUAUUCGUCGUAUCAGCGAGGAGCGGUACGUCCGAUUCCGCAACUUUUUCAAGAGCUUUGAACCGGAAAUGGCCAUGGAGAUUCAAGCGAGAAGCGCCUUCUCUCGCGAACAUUUGGACGCGUGGGUCAACUAUAUUGUGAGUCCUAAAGUACUGCGGUGUAUCGGGAGUAGUAAAGACACUCAGCAAGAGGUUCUGGACCUCCUGAUGGUGUCGGCAGCCAUUUCAAAGUACGGAGAGAGUGACUUGAUGGCCAAGGACAGGAGGGGCGACCUCAGUGGUCUGCAGAAUAUAAAACUUCACACUUACGAUGAGUUCUCGCCUAGUCAAAAGCCACAGACUAACAACAAGGAACCGGUUGCCAUGGAGUUCGUGGUUCGAAUUAACGAGCGAUUAGCAGAGGAAAGGCGCGUGGGUGGCGUCGUGCUUCGUGAAAUCCUGGCACACGCUGGCACUAUGGAGAUCGAGAACGACGAAGCAGACUCCGAUUUAAGCAAAGAGGAAGAGCGAUUUAAGCAAAUCGUAGUCCGAGUACAGUCCGACUGGUUCCAGGACGCUAUCUUGAAGGCAAAUGGUCGAUACUUGUACGACGCUAUCCGUCAGGUUAUCAGCAAUGCGAACAAUUCCUUGUGGGAUGCGUCGAAGGAAAAGCCGGAGUUGAGAAGAACACGAAGCGAUAGAGUGAGCUCUGAGGGUCAGCAGGUCGAGAGGAAGGCUGUACGAAGGCGACCGAGUAUGCCUCCACCUCCUCCUCCACAAGGUGCAAUGACGGCGUUGGUGUCCUCUCCGAUAAACGCUUCUGCCAAAGUGGGGUUCACCAUCUACAACCGAUCCUCGUCGAUGCCUUCAGAAGAGAUUCAAGAGCUGGUCGUUGGGACGGACAAGACGCGACGGAAGCUGCUGCCUCUCGGAGCGAUGCGACGGCCUCGCGGUCUUCCACCCAAACUGCCUCAACGUAAAGAGAACGACCCGAUCGUCCACGCGCCCAGUGCGUUUGUCGUCAAAGCUCAAGAGCGAGAAUGAACAAUAGUUCGUGUCAUAUACGUCACAUGUAGUCGCUGUACCAGAAACUCAAGAGAGAGAAACAACACAAUCAAUUAAUCUAUUGCACCCUUUGCGUUACCAUGAUGAUAAAAAAAAAAAGAUCACCAUGUAAAACAACACAUUUUCUUAAAAAAGAAAAAAAAA